UCAUAAAUGAAAGUGUCUGAAAAAUGUUGCUGCGUAUUUUUCACGUUAACGUGGUAUUUUAUAAAAAUUAGUUAGUGCUGUUUGUGUGAUUGCUUCAAUUAAGUUUAUUUAAUGAAGAUAAUCAAAGAUAUAAAAUAUAUUGCGAACUAAUAAAAUGAUGAAGUAAACAAUGAAUAACAAAUAAAAAAAUCUAAGUGAAUUUGUGGUUAUGUCCAUCCAGGUUGGAAAGCAAAACCGACGGAUGCAGUCUGCAUUAUUAAAAAACGUAUAGACGUAUUCAACAUUCAGUCCUAAUACAGAAUGUUUGUUAAAUAAUAACGUUUCGACUGCAGCAAAACUAAAUUAAAUGCUUGUUGGUCCCCAUAGUUGGGACUCCCACCUCUCAUAACUUAAUCGCUUAGAAUCAAAAGAAGUAAUAAUGUUUGAAUCACAUUAUAUAAAUGCUAAUGUAGCAUCUGCUAAUUCAGCACGUAACAGUAGUAUGCAUGAAUCUAGUACCAGUGGUUGCAUAAGCACUGCUUUUGCAUCGGCAAAUGAUUCUAUGGAUGGUUCCAGUCUAAUGACAAAAUCUACACAUUCGUCAAGUAGCCGAAAGACUUCUACAUGCGAUGCACAGCAAUUGCCAGCAUUAUUACAACAAUUAGCUAAUGGUACUUUUGGUAUUAAUGUACUAGACCAGCAGUGUCCUCUAUGUUUUCAAGCAAAACGGCAUGUUGAAAAAAUUGAAGAAAUGUCAUACGAGCGGCAGUCUUGGCGUAUACGGGAACGUAUGAAAACUGCAAGUGUAGCGUUAGUACUUUGUUUAAAUAUUGGAGUUGAUCCUCCAGAUGUAGUUAAAAUACAGCCUUGUGCACGUCUUGAAUGCUGGAUUGAUCCAUCAUCUGUGUCGGCACCAAAAGCAAUGGAACUAAUUGGAGCAAAUUUACAAAUGCAAUAUGAACGCUGGCAACCCCGAGCGCGUUAUAAAAAAUGUCAUGAUCCCACAGUAGAAGAUGUGAAAAAAUUAUGUACAUCACUAAGAAGAAAUGCAAAAGGAGAACGAAUACUUUUUCAUUAUAAUGGUCAUGGUGUACCUAUGCCAACGGCUAAUGGAGAAAUUUGGGUGUUCAAUAAGACAUUUACACAAUAUAUUCCACUAAGUAUAUUUGAACUACAAAGUUGGAUGGCCGCCCCCUCAAUAUAUGUAUAUGACUGCUCUAACGCGGGCAUUAUAAUUAACUCGUUUCAACAGUUUGCAGAACAACAUGAACGAGAUCUAGAAAAAGCAAUUGCUAAUGCACCUGGACAACGAGUAGCACCCAGUCCUCCAGAUGGUCAAUCAGCACCAGUUAGCUAUAAGAACUGUAUACAUUUGGCUGCCUGCUCUGCAAAUGAAAUAUUACCAAUGAAUGCACAGUUACCGGCAGACCUUUUCACGUCUUGCCUAACCACACCUAUAAAUAUUGCUCUUAAGUGGUACACACUGCGUAGAAAAUUGGAUUUAGGACCGCGAAUUCAAGCGGAUUUAAUCGAUAAAAUUCCUGGCAAGGUUAAUGAUCGUAGAACUAUGAUGGGUGAAUUAAAUUGGAUUUUUACCGCUAUAACUGAUACAAUUGCUUGGAAUACAUUGCCUCGCGAUCUUUUUCAACGUUUAUUUAGGCAGGACCUACUUGUUGCUAGUUUAUUCCGAAAUUUUUUACUAGCAGAAAGAAUAUUUCAUUCACAUGAUUGUUCACCAAUUUCACAUCCAGCACUUCCACCUUGCUUUCGUCAUCCUAUGUGGCGGGAUUGGGAUUUGGUAGUUGAUCUGGCAUUACAACAAUUACCUGGAAUUUUAGAAAAAGGUGCUCCAUAUCGUCAGCUACCAUUCUUCGAGAGACAAUUAUCUGCAUUUCAAGUGUGGUUAGAACUCGAGUCUGAAUCACGUUCGCCACCAGAGCAAUUGCCAAUUGUUCUGCAGGUACUUUUAUCGCAAGUACAUCGUUUGCGUGCAUUAGAAUUACUUGCACGGUUCCUGGAUUUGGGUCCAUGGGCGGUAAAUUUGGCUCUGGGCGUUGGAAUUUUUCCUUAUGUACUUAAAUUACUACAAAGUUCAGCAAAAGAGCUACGUCCAGUUUUAGUAUUUAUUUGGGCAAAAAUUUUAGCAGUUGAUUUCACAUGUCAAGUAGAUUUAGUUAAGGAUCAUAAAUAUUUCCUUUCGGUACUGCAAGAUACAACAAUUUCAAAAGAACACCGCACAUUAUCAGCUUUUAUACUGGCAUGUAUAGUAAAAAAUUUUUUGUUAGGACAAACCAGUGCGCUUCAAGGAUCACUUGUUUCAAUUUGCUUGGAACAAUUAAAUGACGAUAGUUGGUUACUACGUCAAUGGCUAGCAAUUUGCUUAGGUAUGCUAUGGCAAAAUUUUGAAAAAGCGCGUUGGUCCGGUGUCAGAGAUUUGGCUCAUGAAAAGCUUUACGCCCUUCUAAAAGACGCUAUACCAGAGGUACGCGCAGCUGCUGUGUUUGCUCUGGGAACAUUUAUCAGUUCUGUAACAGAUCGUUCAGAAGAUCAUGCGAACAAUAUUGAUCGCAUCAUUGCAAUCACAUUAUUAGAGACUGUUGGUGAAGAUAUGUCACCUCUUGUACGGUUGGAAUUAGCCUCUGCAUUGCAAUGGAUGGUGCUUUUGUUUGAAUCACAAUUUGUUACAGUCUAUAUGAAUAUGAAUACACCAUCAUUAGCUAUGGCAGAGACAGCAUCAAGUGAACGUAGUGCCAGCAUAACACAUGGCAUGGUUGGUGCCCCUAGCCCACCUACUUCUACACAUCACUCAACACAUAGCUUAGAACGACACGUUACAAUGAGACGCGGAGUAAGCUCAAGCUCAAUAUCAAACAUGUCCUCAACAACGAUCGCUUUUCAAACCAUAUUCCUUAAGUUAUGGCAAGGCAUUUACAAUUUAGGACAUGAUCCAUUUCCAAAAGUGGCUGAAACAGCACAAAAAAUAAUUGCAUAUGUACGUGAUGCUGCUUUGUGUUUAAUUACUGCGAAAGAGGCUACGUCCGCUGAAAAAUGUAUUAGUUUAAGUGUCAGUUUACCACCAAGUCCAAAUACUCGAGUAAAUUACUUAAGUAGUGAGUCCCCGCCAGUAAGCGUUACACAAGCAGGUCAACACAGUGCUAGCAAUUGGGCUGCUAAAUUAAGAAAUAAUGCACUUAUAGGAGGACCAAUGGCUUCGAAUGACCCUCAAACGGUCUUACAGCGAAAAUUACGCACAACUUCAAUGAACGAUGAAACGGAUAGCGCACCUGCGACAAGUAGCGGAAUAGGAGUGAAUUUAAAUAAUACAACUGGAGCAGCGGGUGGGGAUGGCAGUACAUCUGCACGCAGCAGUACAAGUGACAAUAACUAUGAACACAAGUCACAAAAGCUAAAACCAAUUGUUACUACAGAAUUCAUACCAUGGGCGAUAUCGUAUUUUACACGCCCAGGUAAAAAUCGGUACACAACUGAUGCGGGUACUGAAAAUCAACAAGUUUUUCCUGCCGAUGAUAAUUCGGUGGAAUUGCGUACACGCCAAUAUCGAUUUUUGCGUAAUACACAAAUACGUAGUCAUGGAAAAAAUCAGCAGUCCAAUUCCCUACGUAUCGAUACACAAAGUUGGCUUCGAAAAACACAAUUUACACCAUCUAUCGUUAAACUACUGCCUUAUGAAAGUCAAAUUGCUGUUGCUUAUAAAGAAAAAGUUUCUAUUUAUGACUGGAAUCGAAAUACAGUUCGGUGUUUCACUGUAGCUACUUCAACUGCAUCACGGAAAAAUACGACUUCCUCUUCACCACCUGCGCAUACACAACAGAUUGUAGCUGCACGAGUAAGUGCAAUAGAGUUCCUAAAUGCGCAAGAUGUUGGACUAGUUUUAGUAGGACAUGAUGACGGAGUUAUUAGAGUAUGGCAACCAUAUGCAGAUGAGAGCCGGGAGUCAAGAUUAGUUACCGCGUGGGAAGGUUUACCAUCUAUACGUGCACCAUAUACAAGUUCCUAUAGUGGCAUUAGUACUACUAGUACUACUACAACUACUUCUAGUAGUACUAAGCAGCGAAGAGAUAUGUCAAAUACAGGUGUUGUUACCGCUUGGCAGCAAUCUACUUUACAAUUGGUUGUUGGCGGCGGAACGAGUCGCUUUUUGCGCAUAUGGGAUGUUGAACGAGAGCUCAAACUAAGUGAUUUACUCAUUGGUAGUGAUACAAAUGUGCGUGUAUUAUCACCAUUUCCAUGCAAUUUGCGCAGCGACUUGAUAGCUGCAGGUUGUGCUGAUGGUAGUGUACGUCUAUUUGACAAGCGCUGUGCUUCGCAAGAGUCACGGAUACGUGUUUAUCGCGAACAUACAAAUUCUAUACUAACCACGUGUUUAAGAGAUAACCAAACUACAUUAAUAACAGGCUGUAGUCAGGGCAAGAUGUGUGUAAUUGAUAUGCGCUCACGUGCACCAACUGGGGUGCUGCAUCAAUGGGAUGGGGGAAAUGAUGUUACAGCAUUAGCUUGCCAUCAAUCAGCAGACGCUAUAGCAUGUGGUAGUGCACAUAAAAUAACAAUAUAUAAUCAAAAUGGAAAAGCACAAAGUGUGUUAAGAAGUAAUGAAGGUUUUAUGGGUUCUAAAGUGGGCCAUCCCACAUGCUUAUCAUUUCAUUUAUAUAAAGUUUCAAUUGCCGUAGGAUUUGUUGAUAAUACAGUCGCUGUUUAUGAACCAUCACCAGUUUUAUAAACUCUGUGAUCGCUGGAAAAUGGACGUUGAUAAAAAUCCGGCUAUAUAUGACAAUGUGAAUAAGUUCUUGCAAGGAACAGAAAU